AUGACAAGAACACUUCUUCUGUGCUUUAUUCACGGAUUCAAGGGGAACGAUGACACUUUCCACGAUUUCCCAGAUGACCUCAAGCGGGUAGUCACAAAGCAAUUACCGGAUCACCGCGUCGAGUCCAUCGUCUACCCAAAGUAUGAAACGAAAGGCGAACUAGCUGAAGCCACCGAGGCUUUCUUAGGAUGGCUUAAAGAACAAGUGAUGGAAGUGAGAAAGGCUAAUGUCGAGAAGCCAUGGCCGCCAAAAGACCGUGAAGUCGGUGUUGUCCUCGUUGCGCACUCUAUGGGUGGCUUCGUCGCGGCCGAUACUCUCUUCCUCGCAAUCAAUGAGAGAGCGCAAUCCAACCCAUCAGAAGACGAUGCAAUCUUCCCCUUGAUCCAGGGCAUUCUUACAUUUGACACUCCCUACAAUGGCCUCGCACGCUCCAUGUUCGUCUACGGCGCCUUCUCCAAUUAUCAAAAAGUCAGUAGCGUCUUCAAUGUCAUGACCGCCCUCUCAGCCGCCGCACCGGCAACUCUUGCUCGCCUUGGUAGUCGGCGCGCAGCGACCUCCGCCAUCGCCUCGACUGCUCGAAACCCCGGCUGGAAGACAUGGCAGCUCGUCGCAGUUCGCACAGGAACCGUUGGAGCUAUCGCAGCCGGUGGCGUCGCCGCAUACGUCAACCGAGAAGCCAUCAUGAACGGUCUCAAGAACCUCAACAAAGAGUCUGUCAAGGAAGGUUACCGCCAAAGUAUCGACGCUCUGGGCCAGGGUCUCGCGUACAUUAACCGCGGGAAUGUCGGAAAAUCCUUUGCUUGGCUUUCGGAUCAUUUCACCUUCGUCGGCACCCUUUUGAAGCAAAAGGAACUUAACCGACGUCUCGAGCGCAUGGGCGCGUUGAAAGGGGUCGGGAUUCACGACUUUUACGUUUCCCUGGGCGAGAACGGUUACUGGCAGGGAGGCUACUUCGUCCCCGAGCGAACGUUCUGCGCCAUACCCGAGGAAAGCCACGCUGCGUACUCCAUCUUCUCCCGCCAGGUGUUGCGCAAGGUCGACGACGAGGUGCAGGCCCACAUGAGCAUGUUCCGCCCGGACAAGAACGAAGGAUACGAGAAGAUGACCGAAAAGGCGGGAGAUUUAGUGAUUCAGUGGUUCAAGAGCGACGAGCAAGUUGUGGACGACCCCAAGUUCCGAGAACCGCCGCCUGAGGAGGCUGCUGAGGGCCACGAGGUUGAGGAGACACUCGAGAAAGCCACAUCAAACACGGACGAAACGCAAAAGUCUGACGAAAAGCUCGAUGAAAAAGAAGGAUCCAAGGCAACAGAUGAACUGCCGGAUGAGUCGCCCAUUGACAUCGCAGCUGCUGCAUCUCUCGUCCCCCUACCAGAAGACGGCGAGGGAGAGCUAGUUGCCGACGCGAAUGCCGAGAAUGUCGACAGCGAACAGAAGCGUACCUACAUGCAGCAUCUCUUCCAAGUCGCACAACAGACAGGCACAGGUGUCAAGGGGUGGUGGCCCAGCAAGCUGCCCAGCAUGCCCAGCAUGCCCAGCAUGCCCAACAUGCCGUCUAUGCCCAAGGUCCCCGCAUCCGUUUCUUCACUUGGUCAGGUUUCGAUGCCGAGCGUGAACAUCUUCAGGAAGGGAACCCCGGCGCAAGAACAGACUGACAAGGAGAAGAGCGAGAAGGAUGAUUCGAAAGACAAGCCUACAGAGGCAGAUGAUACCAAAGCAGCCGAAAAGUCUGAUGAUGUGGAAAAGCCUGUCGACGAAAGCGGAGUGCAGUCGGGGUCGGAGCCUAAGGAGGUUGGGAAAAGUGCAGAGUCGAAGGAGUAA